AAAUUAAUAUCACAGAGGCGCGAGAGCAUGGCUCCCAAAAUGAACGCCGAACUGGCAGCAGCCAGCUUGUCCACAGAGGAAAAAGAACGCCUUGACGAGGUGGCCGAUCUCCUACUCCGAAUCUACAAGACACUUGUUGACAUGCGCUAUGUACCUGCGGAAGCCGUAAUCGAGGGUCCCCAUACCCUAUCGGACGAGAUACUGCGCACCUACGAGGAAUGCGAACUCAGUCCCUGCAUCAUCUAUCUCUACAGCAUCUUACCUUACAUCGACCAAAUCGAGACUUAUGUACAAGACUUUUUCCAAGGAGGCACGUUUUUCAAUCCACUCAACAAAACACAUGUUACUCGAGGAAGAGAUCCACGUUAUCUGUCCCCCGAGGGCGGGUUUGAUGAGGAAAAUGGGAAAUACAUGUACCCAUGGUACACGCCACUGUCCGAAUGUGGCAAUCAUUACAAUUUCCUGGUGUAUGACGCUAAAAGACAUGUUAUCUGGAUCGUCGAUCAAAUCGAAGGUUCUACGACUGAUCCUGCCUUCCGCAAAUGGCACACUGAGGCCGACAGCGUCAAGGCGCAAAGCGAUUGGGGUGAGAGCGAGUCUAGCGAUGAUGAUUGGGUUGAUGAAUCCGACGAGGACGCGGGUGAAGCUGCUAUGAGCGAUGAUGACGAUGCAUCUUGCGGAAGUAGCGAGUUCUGGGAUGACAACGAUGAUCAGAUGGUAGACACUCAAGAAAUUGAAGGGAUGGUCGCGGAUCAAGAUGAAGAGAUGGACUACGAAGAAGGUUUUGAGCAAAUCGAGGAGCUGGAGGAAUGGGAGCGUAGCGAGGCUGCACUUGCGGAGUUGACCAACAAGAACAGUUUGGAUGCUGCGAGACACAGGCCCGCUCGUGAAGUGUUGGAGGAUAUCGAUCGCUGGUAUCAUGAACUGAAAGAAUUUCCGGGUCAAGGCGAGCAUUCCGCGAUGCUAGAGCCAAAGAUACUGAAACCUUUGUACCUGAAGUGCGGCUGGCCGGACAGAUUCGAUGGUGAUAACUUCGAGGUGGAAUACGCACGUGUAAAUGCCCAGCAUAACGCCCGAUAUGGUGCGGAAGAGCCCUUGAGGGAGGUUGAGUGUCUUGAAGGCUGGAUCAAAGGAUCCGAGCAUGACUUGAAGAGGUGUCACGAAGAUAUCGCCAAAGCGAAGACUAUAGACGACGAAUGGCUUGCCCGCAUAAAAAUUUGGGAGGCACAAGAAUCAAUUGAAAGGAAUGGGAAAGAACUGAAGGAGGCGAGAGAAACGGCGAGGAAGCUUUGUCCAGAGGGGGUCUGUCAGAAAGCUUCGGACUUGCCCCUGUGGGAACUGGAGCAACUGCGAGUGGUGACCCAGCACAAACGCGAGGCUGUAGAGUACAAUUCCACACCUAGUUCGACAUCAGUGAGCACUGAUGCGGAGCGAAGCGCAAAAGCGCAACACCGCCGAGCCUUGCGGGAGGUUGAAGUAUACAAGAAAGCUUUUCAGGCGUCGAAAGCUGAUGCACAGCGACUGUGUCCAGGCAGAACAUUUGAGGAGGCAACGGGUAUAAAAUCUCUUGGUCGACGGGACACCCUGACGCAGAUUGGAUCUGACAAAGAAAUUAUCGAGUACUAUGAGAGAAUCAUCCCAUCCAUGCGCAGUUUUGCCAGCACGAUACCUCAGGCGGCUAAACGUGCUGUCACGCAAAUAGAGAAAAAGAUCAGCGAUUGCGAAAAAAGCUUGCAAAGCACCAGAACUUCUCUGGAACGAAACGAGAAAUGGUUAGCCGAGAAAGGAAAUACAGACUAA